AACAAAGAGAAAUGAUGAUUUUGACUGAUUGACUGACUUCAAAACAAACUCUACUUUACUACAAUAGUUGUAUCUGGACUACACAGAUUUAGUGGAGUAGAAACACUAGCACUUGCCUAGUGGACCAAACCAUAAGUCAUCUAUUCUUAUUUUUUCACCGACAGAUUCCCACUCACCUUGCAAAUUGAUUCCUAACCCACUAAGAAAGCCACACUCUCUACCUGACUGUAAAUGUACUAGAGCCUAUAUUGAGGGAAGUUAUUAAGGGAAUGAAGAAAAUGGCACUUCUUUUUCAUUUUUUCAUUUUCCUCCUCCUCCAACAAUUAUCACCCGGGAGUGCAAAUCCAGAAGGAGAUGCUCUGUAUGCGUUAAGGAGUGGCCUGAAUGACCCGGAUAACGUGUUGCAGAGCUGGGAUCCGACCCUUGUAGAUCCUUGUACUUGGUUUCAUGUCACCUGCGAUGUUGAUGGCCACGUCACCAGGCUUGAUCUUGGAAAUGCAAACCUGUCUGGGAAUCUGGUUCCUGAAUUGGGAAAGCUGGAGAGGCUUCAAUAUCUGGAACUGUACAUGAACAACUUGGGAGGAAGAAUCCCUGCUGAAUUGGGAGGACUCAAGAGUCUUGUAAGCCUGGAUCUUUACCACAAUAAUCUCACCGGCUCCAUCCCACCUUCCUUAUCCAAACUCUCCAAUCUCAGAUUCCUGCGACUCAACGAUAACAAACUGACUGGAAGAAUACCAAGAGAACUCACCAAGCUUGCAAACCUUAAGAUGCUGUAAGUACUAAUACUAAUAAAUAUACACUAUAUAUAUACUUCUACUAUUGUCUAUUGCCAUCCUUGUAUCCUUAUAAGUUUCAGUCUCUUAGCUCAUUCAACUCUGCUUUAUCAAUUAUUAUUAUUCCAGUGAUGUAUCUAACAACAAUCUGUGCGGUACAAUCCCCACCGGCGGCUCUUUCUCUAAAUUCACUGAGGAAAGGUGAUGAUUCUAUUUUUUAUGAGUCUUCCAAACAGACACAGUAUAUUUACGCAAAUGAAUGUUUUUUACGGUUCAGAAGAGAAGAGUUCUUUUUUUUUUUUUUUUUUUUGGGUACACUUUCUGAUGAUGUGAAGUUAUUAUACUGCAGUUUCAAGAAUAACUCAAGGUUGGAAGGUCCUGAGCUGAUGGGUUCUGUGAGAUAUGAUGUAGGAAGUCGCCGUUGAUGCGGCUGCAAUUGCUGAUGAUAGAAAUCAUCCCUCCAUUUGGACUAGAGGAUGGUCUUUUCUAUUGCUUCACUUCAACUCUGUCUCUAUGUACUUGGUGUUUUCCAGCAACUGAAAUAGUAAAUGAGAAUUGAGUUGGAAACUAUAGCUCCAAAAGUCAUGCUCUCAUUUCAGGGCCAUUUUUAUUUUUUACUGAUAGUUACUGCAUUAUCAAAGAAUAUAUAACCGAUCCCCGCCCAUGUGAAUGGAGCAAAAUUAUUUGGUCAGUCUCCUACCGUUUAGUGCGCUGCGCCGAUCAUAGGGACGGAGGAGCGGAGCUUCUCAAACCAUGGUAGAAAAACGUGAGAAACUCAAAUAGUUGGAGUGUUUAACAGCUUAUAAAUAGCUAACACGAAGAAAAAGCUCCUUCGGGGAACAAAAAGACAAUAGAAGUAUAGUUACAUAAUUCCAUAGAGAUCAAGCAACCUGGCAAAACAUAUUGUGGCUAUCGGCUUUCUGAUGUUUCUUCCGAAGCCAAAGAACGUUUUCCUCGUGCAACCACAAACUAUACAGCUUUACCUGGAAAGCAAAUAACAUGCACAAAAAAACUGUAGUGGACACGUUGUCCAUUCCCAGACAUCAUCUCGAAAACGGUAUCCAUUCCCUCCAUCAACGAAUUCCAAAUGCGUUACUGAGCUCACAUUAUUCUCGCCAUUGCCCUGAUUCUUUUUUCCUGUGGAGAUACAUCAAAGCGAUGGAACUCCGCAUAAAUUUCUAACAUCAAAGUGCUCUCAGGAAACAACAACCCAUUUGGUCCGAACCAAAUUCUCACCUUCCUAUGCUUCUGUCCAUUCAUCAUAACAGUCUUCCGAAUUGUGCCCUUUGAAUAUUUCAUAUGCUUCUUUAGAGGACAAUUUUUUUUGGAGAGGAAACUCGAAUUUGAGUCUGUAAAGUUUGUAUUGGAAAUCCAUCAUCAAAAGAAAAGGGAAAAAAAAAGAAAAAGAAGAGAAGAAUAGAAAUAGUUGAGAAGUACCUCGGACUUGAAAAAAAAGAGAAGAAUCCACUCAUUUAUCUUUGACC